ACGGAGAUAUUAUAUAUUGUUUCCUUGGUGAAAGAAAAAGCUGAAUACAAUUAUAUAACGUGAAAAUGUGAUACUUUUUACAGAAAGUGUACUUAAAUAUUUCUCCUUAAUAAAUCCAUCAUAAUGAAAUAGUAUUUUCACUAAGUUAAAACCUAUUUAUUUAAAAAGGAAAAAGGUGAUACACUUGCAACACACACAGAUCAGCCUAGACACAUAACCAGCCCUUAAUGUACAUAUGUACUUUAGCUGUGAAACACAUGCUUUUAAUUCGUCUUCAUCCCCUUCCACUGCCACACUUAUGAAACACAACUCCAACGAAAAGGAUUUGCAUUGGAUCAGAAAAUGUUUACCAGGAAAAUAAAAUUGCCAUUACUUGUACCAAUUUUUUAAGGGACACUGCCAGUACUAACGGUUUGCCAAUAUGCGAUUUGCCUUUGAUUCUAAUUAUUCGCAAUCGGAGGCGCCAAUCAAAGGCAACAAGUGCUUCUUUAAUUGCCAAUGCAUUUGCUGUCGCCAGGGAUGCUGCGUUGUGGUUGUAAAGUGCUGCUGCUGCUAUAGCUUAAACUGUUGCAACAGCCUGGGAUCCCGAAAGUCAUUUCCACAGCCUGCUGUAAUGCGUAAAAAAGUUUCUGACACCGAAGUCUUAAGCGUAUCAAAGCUUGUGGCGGUUAUUUUAGUACUGGCUCGUUGGGUUACUGCUCUAGCGACACUCCUGACAAGCUGCAUUCUCCUAGAUAUAUUUUCGUUGCCUGGCCAAUCCGGAGUCGCAGAUAGAAGCCAAGCCAGCAGUAGAACAGUGCACGUCUCGGUUCCUACCACACCUAACGGAACUCCCAGCAGCACUUCGGAGGCAAAGCUUAAGUUGUUUUAUGGGUAUACAUCGUACGACAUAAAUAACGACCAACAGGUAAAAUCCAACAAUCUAUGUAGAGUGCUUUGCAGAAGUCGCAAUCGUAAACGACAACGAAGGAGGCGACGUCGCCGCAGACACAGACGGCGCAGGCAUAUUUAUACUAAGCAUCAUCAAAUGCAGCGGAAACAACAAAAAUACCUUCGAACUGAUCAUCUAAUGCAAAGUAAUGUGAGCAACUUUGAGCAAAGGCUUAACUUUAACGACGGCAAGUGCCACUCUUUGGAGACAAAUUACGGAACUAAUUAUGACUUAGUACACAGAGGUAAACCAUUUGGUCAGUCAGAGAGAAGCUUUCUAAUGUCCCCUUUAAGAGAAAUUGAAGCACCUUGGCCAUCGAGUCAAGGCUCAGUACGUAACUGUUCAAAGAUUAAACGCAAUAGAGCCAAUCUUAUAUGGCUUCUCAUUGGACUCGUCUGGUUUGAAGUCAAACUAAUAAAUUGCAAUGGAAUCAGCAGUAGUAAUUACUAUGCUUCGAAUUUGGAGACACAUAAGGGCUGCACCUUGUGCCAUGACAGCGGAAAGCCCAACAUUUACACCGAUAAAGAUAAUCCACACACAGACUACAACAUCUACAACAAAUACCAUAACAACAAUUUCAACAAAAAAACUAAUCAACCCCAUAACAACAUUGCACCGAGCGAUGAAGUUCGUUUGGAGUCAAUAAAACGGCAAAUUUUAACAAAGCUCGGUCUCAGCCACAGGCCCAAUGUAUCUCAUCCUUUACCUAAGCAAUUCAUUUGGGAAACAAUAUAUCGUGCCGAUGGCGGACGAAUGAUACCAAACAAUGCAUUUGAGAGCAGUGGUAAGGAUUUAGAUCAGAAGACUCUCAAGCCACGGGCGUUAGCCUCAUCCGGAACACAUAUGUUUAGUGGCCAAGGUGGAAGGACUUAUCUUAGCAGCGAACGGGAUCCCAGUCAUCAUCAAUAUAGAUCCCCGUUCGAUUUCACAUUCAAUAUAAGUAAAGAUAAUCUAUAUGGGAGAGUUUUGAGAAAUCGUUCUUUAGAUAGAAGGCAUAUAACAAAAAUCGAUAAAAAUCACUUAUUCUUUAAAGGAUGGACAGAAAAACGUCAAUUAAAGAUUAACUCUCGUAUUGCAUCUAAGCCUACAGAACAACUUAAAAGCCACUAUAACAGUAGUACCAAGAAGCUUAAAAGUGGUGCGCUCAGAAAAAUUAAUGGCAUCAACAGCAAACAAAUGAAUGAGAAUGCCUUAAAAAAAUCGACAUAUCUCAUAGAUAUAAAUCAUAGUAGUGAAAAUAGUACUGGCAUAAAUGGUGAGAUCAGGGCCAAUGCUUAUGAAUAUUUAAACGAUUACAGUGUUCAGACUCAUAAUAAAAACCGGUACUAUGAAGGUAGCUCUAGCAUUGGGCAUCAGUCACCGAUCCGCAGCAGUAAAGAUGAAAAUCAGAAGGGAAAUCAGGAAUCGAUUGCUCAUGGCCAGGAAAAUAUUGAUCAUGAAGACUUCUUUGGUAAUACUCAAGAAAUAAUUACAUUUGCAGAAGAGGGAACCCAAUAUCGACAAUAUCGAAUUCUUGAGUUUUCGGUUCAAAACAGACGUGUUCCCACUCAAAAAUUAUCCAUAAGAAGUGCGCAGAUUCACAUACGGAUAGACAAGCCGCAUAGUUUUUGGAUAGAACGAGCAAAAAGUUUGCCAGAAGAACAGUGGCUAAAUACUAAAAAAAAAUGGGGAGCAAAAAAACCACAUCACAGAAUAAAAAUAUGGGUGUUUCAAUUAUCAACAUCAAUCAAUAUUACGGAGAUGGGAAUAGAAAAGGCUAUUAUCUUCCGGGCUUCUUUUGAUGUUGACACGAAAAAUUUAGGAUGGCAAAAAUUCGAUUUAACAGAUACAAUUCGUGACUGGUACAGCCAUACCAGUCACGAAAAACUGCGACUGCUGAUUGAUUGCACUGGAUGCGCUGGUCGCUACUCGUUGCACCUUUUUCAAACUUCAAAACUGAGAGGGAACUCAUCCGACUACUUGAGUACGAAUCCAAAUAGACCAUUUCUGGUACUUCAUACAGAAUCAUCAAGAACAAGGCGCGUUAGGCGACGAGCCAUAGAUUGUGGCGGAGCUUUAAAUGGGCAGUGCUGUAAGGAAUCAUUUUAUGUUUCUUUCAAAGCACUGGGUUGGGAUGACUGGAUUAUUGCACCCAGGGGAUAUUUCGCGAACUAUUGCAGAGGCGAUUGCACGGGAUCGUUUAGGACGCCAGACACUUUUCAAACAUUUCAUGCCCAUUUUAUAGAGGAGUAUCGGAAAAUGGGUCUUUUAAAUGGAAUGCGUCCGUGUUGCGCCCCAAUAAAAUUUUCUAGUAUGUCCUUAAUAUAUUAUGGUGAUGAUGGUAUUAUUAAGCGAGACUUGCCAAAAAUGGUUGUUGAUGAGUGUGGUUGCCCUUAGCCUUGCUCGGAAUCUGCCUUUCAAUUUUAUAUUUUCCGUCCGGUAGACAUAGGCAUAAGUGUCCUAAUUUAGCGUCAAAGUCCAAACGAAGUCUUGAACUUUUUAGUUAAUAUUAUACAUAGUGUAGACUCAAUUAUAUAUUAUAUUUAGAUAUGCUGAUGACAAUAUUUGUAUAUUUACGAACACACCAAAAUUGAGGAAGUGCCUAAAUUACGUAAAUGAAAUAUUUAUAAAUAUUAAGAAUUUUUCAAAUAACACAAAAAUAUCUUUGUACUAAUAAAAUUCGCUAUUUU